AAUAUAUUAAAACUGAAGUACAAAAAGAUAAUACCCCUUAGUUUUCCACAAAUAUUACAUACCUAUGCCACUGAAUUUUUUGUACUUCUCCUUUUAUCAGAUCUUUUAAGCAAUUAACGAUUCAUGGCCCAAUCCAAUGUCCAAUACGAUUUUGUUACUCUUAUUACCAACCCAAUUAAGUUAUAUCUCCCCUACAAUUUUAAACGAUUGUUCUGAGAAUAUUUUAUCCCAAUUCAAUAACAAAUCGGAAGUUUUAAUCCUUCCAUAAUCAAAACAAAUUUUUCUAAAUAACGAUUUCUACAUGCCCAAUAUCAUAACAAAAUAUCUCUUUUCCAAAACAAAACAACAUUAUUAUUUUUUCCUAUUCCUACGCUGACUUUUGAUUAAUGCACGGUUUCAAUUAACAAAUACAAUCUAUAUUUUCUGAUUUAAAAUCUUACAAAACAAUCUAUUCCUUAUCGUUAGAAAGGAUAUUCUCUUUUAAAUAUGAUUUCAUAAAUAAGGUAAUAUAAUCAACAGAUUUUGCGUGAAGCUCACAACAAAGUAAAUCUUUUUAUACUUUUGCCAAUUUAACCAAAUCUUUCAAAUCACAACUAUAUAUAUCCACUCCUUUUAACGUCAAAAACGUAUCAAAGAAAACCAAAUAGUAAACAUGUCAAUCGUUAUGGCUUUUGUUCCUUUCACAAAAUUGAGACCUUUCAAAAACAAUUGGAGAGUUCAGGUCAAAUGUUUGCAUUCAUUUAAGCAACACACACCUUUCGGAGGUGAUAGCUUUGAGAUGAUUUUAGCUUUGGUAACUUUAUAUUUUAAACUUUCGUGUCUUUAUAAAUUAUUUAUUAUAGUUUGAAUCUAAUCUACUCGUAUCUGUUUUAUUAUAGGGAAACAAGAUUCAGGCUUCUUGCAAACCAAGUCUCAUGUACCGACUUCAACGUGCUUUACCUAUUGAUAAAUGGGGAGUUGUUCAAAACUUAUCUGUAUCUCCAGCUGGUGGUCAAUACCGAACAAAAAAACAUAAGUACAAGAUGACUAUAGCAGACGAUGCUGUGGUUUCGAGUUCUGAUUUAGCUGAUGAAAGCAAUUUCCUAUCUCUUGCCAAGUAUGAAGAAAUUCAAAAUGGAACUCUAAAACCAAAUUUCCUCAUAGGUAAUCUAUAAUUCGAAUCUAUUCAUAUACAUAUGCACGUUUAUGAACUUGGUGUUUUAUAUUCGUGUGUGUUUUAUAUACGAUAUCACAAUUGUAUUAACUUUGUGUCUCUUUUUCUCUCAGAUGUAAUUGGCAGAGUUCAUGAGCUUGGUGAUGUUCAGACCGUGCAAGUUGGAGGAGAAGACAAAAAAGGGUUCAAUUUCGCUUGGUUGACACAGAGUUUGUUUUCUAAAACACAUUUUGUUCAUUAUAUUAUUAUAGCAAUAAAUCUACUUCAUUAGUAUACUAAUCAUCUUUCCAUUUUAAUCUACAGAGGAAACAACAUUGCAUGUUGUCUUUGGGAAAAUUAUGCUGAGCAACUUGAACCUUUUACUGAGGACAAAGAUCAAUCAAUUGUUUGUUUGAUCAGGUUUGCAAAAAUCAAAGACUUUAGAGGUGAGGUACAAAUCACAAACGCUUUUCAUGCAACACGCCUCUACUUGAAUCCGAUGAUCCCUGAACUUACAGAUUUAACAGAAAGGCUGUCAGAUGAUCAUCUAUCUGUUGCGCUGGUGGACAAACAAGAUGGAAAGAAGGAUGGUAAAAGAAUUAAAUAUGACUGGAAUGAUGCUGAGAUCAAAUCGAUUGCAGAAGUCAAUGAGGCCAAUCAGGUGGAGAUUUGCAAAAUAAUAUGUUCUAUUGAGGCAAUAGAUACAGAUUGGGCAUGGUUCUAUUUUGGUUGUAACCGGCACCAGAAACGUGUCAUUAAGCUCCCCAACGUUGAUUAUGGGAGGAUGACAAAGAAAGAUAAACCAUUGUUUCGCUGUGAAGUCUGCCGUUCCAAUAUCACUAACGUGUCACCCAAAUUCAAACUACAUUUGGUUGUGAAAGAUGACACAGGGACAUGUAACCUAAUGUUGCUAGGAUCUGUUUGUCAGUCAAUCGUUGGAGUUAAAGCUGAAGAGCUAUGGGAUGGCUCUUAUGAAGAGAUUGAAGAUCCAGAGAUACUACCAGAACAUAUUCUUAGUUUGGUUGGAAAGUCUUUCUGUUUUGGGCUUUAUAUAAGCUCUGAUAAUGUUACAAAUGGAGCGGACACGUUUGUGGUUUUAGAGGUUUGUUCUGGAGAUAAAGUUCUAAGUAUUGAAAAUGGCUCUUACUCAUUUUCUGGCAUGGCCACAACAUCUUCCACCAUGUCAUCUGGAUCUGUAAGUUUAUUAGUAUUAAAAAACGUUCUGAUGUUGGAUCAGAAGUCAUCAGAAGAUUGUCCCACUCCCAUCACAAAGCGCAAAGUAGAUCAUUCUGAUCUAACAGACAUAUCAUCUUCUUCCAAGAAGCUGUGCACCAAAAUGAUCAAACAAGAGAAGGAAAAGAAGGAAUAGUCUCAAGAGAAUGUGUCCACUUCGCCAUCAACCACCCCUCCCCCCUAUGUUUAAUAAUGUUUUUUACUUUAAUUAUUUCUGAACUUUAUGAUUUAUGCAUUGCUUUUUAUUGGUUUUCUAUAUUUAAUAAUAUUGAGAUUUCCUAUAUGAUUCCAUAAAUUAGAUUGUAUAAUUAGAUCAGACUCUAUACAAUUUGAUCUGACUUUUCCAUUCUAUUAGUUCAACAUCUAAACAAUGGACAACCAGUCUUCAAAAUUCAAUUAAAUAAUCAAUAGAUUAACCUAACUAACCACCUAACUAACCAUUCGAUUCUCCUAACUAAACCAAAUUUUGUCUGGUUUACCUAUUCUUACCAUCCUACAAACUAUCAAAGAAGUAUAAGAUGAGU